UUGUUGCGAAAAUUCAUACAAUUAAGAUAAACUAAAUAUGUAUUUAAAGUAAUGCCACACACUUGCUAUUAACAUUUUGUUGUUAUUUCAAGCAUUAUCGCUCAGUGUAUGCUAAGCUAAGCCAAAUAAAAUUAUGAAUAUAUUUACUGAACACAUUCCCAUACCCAAGAGCGCAACUUGAGCCCACUGUGCGUAGUUCUAAAAAGGCGUGUUAGAGCAAGCCAGCAAAUAGAGAGCGAAAGCGAGACAGCAACGACAAUAUGGAGGCACAGCCAAAAACAAAACACGUUGAAAAGCGAGCAACAAGAAAAUUAAAUUUUUAUUGUUUUCACACAAAUAAAAUCAAAUAAAAAGCGUACAACAAUAACAGAGAAGAGACACGCACACACACACGCAAAGAGUGAAGAGAGAGCAUUGUGUGUGUGUGUAUGUAUAUAUGUAAUGAAAGGAGGACGUCACGUGCCACACAUACAAAACACAAGUGCCACUGGGCAGGAGACGAGGACCAACCACCGUAGAGCAACCCCUAAAAAUGUGUUGCUGCCGUUUUGCUUCUGGGAUGCUGCGCUAGCCAGCCAGCAGCAGCGAGCACCAGUCAAGGCUUCUUCUUGUUCAGUACGAAUCGAGCACUCGACGCGUACGCGGCGCGGCAGAAAGUAAAGAACUAAAUCCGUGUAAAAUCCGCAAGCAUAGCACAGGCCAAGCAAAUAGAAACAGUUGUGUUCUUUCGUAAUGUCUACGGCGUUUCUCGUGGACAGUUUGUUGCAUGCACAACAACAACAACAACAGCGCGCCCAGAGUUACAGUGAGAGUCAGUUGAAGUCAAGUCUGAGCGAGAUGCUCCUGAGCCGCGGCCAGUCGACAGAGCCGACAGCUGAGAGACAGCCGGCACAGGAGGAACGCUCCAGCUCCAGUUCGAGUGAGUUGUUGUGCAGCUGCAAUUGUGCGUUGGCCAAGCGGGGCUAUAAAUGUGAUAAGUGUCGCGAAUUGCGUGCGGAAAGUGUCGAUAGCAUUGAGGAAAUGGAGCUGGAAGACGACGACGAUGAUGAGGAUGACGAUGAAAUUGUCGCUGACAUUGGCAGCAUUGAGGCGCCACAUUUGGACGAUGAUGAACUGCUCGACGAUGAGCUGGACAUGGAGACGUCGCGACGUGAGGCAAUCAAAAUGCCCAAACUCGAACCCAAGGAGGUCAAUACGCCUCUUCCGAGUGGUGGCACUACGAUCCUUAAGGAUAACAACAGCAAACCGAUACUCAAGUUCAGUGUGUCCGCCAUUCUGGGAGACACGCGUGAAGGAGUUCGGGUUAGGAACGAGUUUAUGCAACCGCAGCAUAUAUGGCCUUAUCUGCAACAGAACUUUAUGCAGCAGCACACACAUCAAUAUCACCAGCACCAUCCGCAGCAGCAGCAGCAGCAACAUCCCCAGCAACAGUCGGCGCCACCAACAUCGCAUCAUCAUCAUCAUCACCAUCAGCAGCAGCAGCAGCAGCAGCAACACCAUCAGGCAUUGGUUGGACAGACGGCACUCGUUGGAUUGCCGCAUCCACUGCAUCACCAUGCACAUGCCCAUUUUCCGCAUCCCGCAUUUCUAACGCAUCAGCAGCAACAGCAGCAACAACAACAGCAGCAGCAACAUCACGGCAAUAGUUGUCAACCGCAAACCACAGCAACGACGGCCGCAUCCUCGUCGUCACCUGGCAGCACAAUUAGUGAUAGCGACAACAAUCACAGCAACAACAACAACAACAAUAGCUGCAGUAGUAAUGGCAACAUUGGACAGGAUGGGCGACCGCAUGAAAUCGACAACAACGAGGACAACAGCAAUCGAAGAUUAACGCAAGAAAAGCAGCAGCAACUGUUGAGUGGACAAGCAACAGGCGGAGGAGGAGGAGGCGUGGGAGGCGUUGGACCACCAACAGCGCAUCCAACGCCACCGCCUCCACCCCCGCCCAUACAUCCGGUGAUUGCCAAGCCGAUGCCCAGUCGCCCGACUCCGUUUCUGCCUCACACACUCAACCAUCCGCAUUUGCAUUCGUUGCUGGCUCACUGUCGCAAUCCCUACAUGAGUGUUGGUGCCCAAGUAUUUCCCCUGCCACCUGGCCAGGGAUUUCCCUGGGCGCACUCGACACGUGGAAAGCCAAGGCGUGGCAUGAUGCGGCGUGCCGUCUUCUCAGAUUCGCAGCGAAAAGGAUUGGAGAAACGUUUCCAGCAGCAGAAAUAUAUCAGCAAACCAGAUCGAAAGAAACUCGCUGAGAGAUUGGGUCUUAAAGACUCGCAGGUAAAAAUUUGGUUUCAAAAUCGCCGCAUGAAAUGGCGCAACUCGAAGGAGCGCGAACUCUUGGCCAACGGCGGCUCACGCGACCAAACGCUGCCCAACAAGAACAACCCGAAUCCGGAUUUGUCCGAUGCCAAAUGCGAUCGCCCCUUGACGCCGCUCUCCCCCUCGCUGCUCUCGCCCAAUGGCAGCGCCAGCACACCGCCACCGUCAUUAACAGCAGCAGCUGCUGGGAAGGAUGAGCUGACAUCGGCAGCAGCAGCAGCAGGAGGAGGCGGAGCUGCCUUGGCUGUCACACCCAAAUCACCGCAAUCGCAAUCUCAGACAGCGAGCAGCAGCAGCUCACCCGUUGAGGGUGCUCCGACGCCAACAUCGUCCUCUGGCUAUGGGAUGCAAAUCAGUUCGCCGCCGCCGCUGCUCACCAGCAUCAAGAUGAGCGAUCAGUCAGCCACGCCCACACCAACGCCCACCACAACGGUCUCCUCGGCUGCCUCAUCGCCACCCGGCGUGGCCGAAUUCCAGGCCAAGAUCAAUGCGGAAAUGCAAAAGCAAUUGGUUGCCGCCGAUCUGAAGUUCAAGCUGGAGACGAGCAUCCAAGAGGCGAAGCAACGACGCUUCGAGCAGCUGCAGCAACUUCAUCAUUCACCGCAUUUCACAGCCAUGCGAGAAGUUGAGCUGGCUGCUGCAGCAGCUGCUGCUCAACUGCAUCAUCAUCACCAACAACAGCAACAACAACAACAGCAACAGCAACAACAAUUGCAAUCGACGCCGACUUCAGCGGCGCAUUUCCAGAGUGCAGAGUUCAUGAAGCUCUACUACGAUGAAUACGAUGACUCCAACUCGGAUAGCGAUGAGGAAAUAAGCGUUACGUGAUUGCCAAAAUUGGCAGCAAGAGAGCGCAUUGUAAAUACUCGAUAUAUAA